GCUGCAAAACUCCAGUCAGUUACCCAGCAUUGCUUUGUAUUUUGGCCUUAAAACUCAAAAAUGCUCUGAAAAGAGGUUUGAAAGCAUGGAUUUUUGUGCAUUUGCAGUUUGUGUAUUGAGUGAUUGUGCAUGGUAUAACUUUCUAGAAAACAUACAACAGCUUUAAAGGUUUUUGUAUUUUCCAAUCUGUCCUAAACACUCUUCUCCUUUCUAAAAGGGUGUCAUAUUUAGAAUUUAUUUAUAAAAGUGAUUUAUUAUUCAUUUAUGCUGGAGCAAUCUGAACACUUGUUAGCUCCAUGUAACUUAAGAAAUACUCUUGUGAUAUACGAUUUGAGUAAUUAAAUCGAACGUUAAUCAUUUAUAAACAAAGAUUCAAAUCUUACAGAAAGGUUACCAAUUAAUAAAUGGCAGUAGUGGCUCUAAAAAUCUUAAUGACUUUGCUCAACACCAAUGAUCUUGGGUUUUUGCUUCUCUUAGUUCUUCCAUGCAUGCUUCUCUUUCAGUGAUGUGCACUGACUUGGCUGCAACAACCAUCACAGCAUUGACACACUUGGCUACAGAAUUCACAGUGUGCACUUUUGUUUGCUGAUGGGAGUUCUGUGACUCCAAGUUUUUACAUGCAGAUUCAGUGGUGUGAUGUUGGGCCCAUUCACACUACAGGCCAAACACGCAAUGCAACGGUUGACUGUAAAUAAUACAGGGGUCGAGCAAUGUUUUAGUGAAGUAAGCAUUUGGGUUUUCAUUGAACUUCUAACUACAGCGGGUGGUUGAAAGACUGCUAUCUGUUGCCAUGACAACACCAUUAGUUCAUCUUUUUUUUCCAUUCACAACACCUAAAACUAAAAGAUCUCUGUAGUGCUAAAUCAUAACUAGGUUCAAAAGAAUUCUUCUUGAGUGACAAUGACACGUUUACAAUGUGUUUGUUCUUUUAUUUUUUAUUUAAAGGGAAAACAAAACAUUGACCUAUUAAAAAAGGCUAAAAUAAUCGGGUCUCAGUAAAUAUAGGAGGGAAAGGAGUAAAAGGCAUCAAGUGAUAAAGAGAGACACACCUGACACAUUGUCACUAAACUAAUAUUAUUCCUUAGUACAUUUUUUUGCAUCAAUUCAAACACACAAAGGGUUCUCUGUUGUCUUUGAUUCUAAGUUAUUGCGUAGAGUUUAGUGCCAGUAAUCAGGCUGUGCCAUUGCACCACUAAAUCCAUGUAAAUCCCGUGUGUGCGGAUGGAUUUGCACUGAAGCGUGUGUUCAUACCAGGAAGUUGAAGUUGAAGGAACCCUCCCUCCUCCCCUUUUUUUCUUGUCCUAUUGGUCUCCUUUGACCUCUGAUUUAGUUUGCUUCAAGUGGACACUACCAGCCUCAGGAAUGGCACUACUCCUACAUUCACAACGCCAUUUUGGGUCCUUUUGGAGAACUAAUGACGGAAGCUGACCUGAACCGAAUUGAGAAGCAAAUUGAGAACCUGCAGGUCAUGCAUAAGGUAUCAGAGGUGGAGAAGGAACUGGAGGAACUUGAGAGACAGCUUCAUCAACUCCUGCCCGUUUCUGCCGCUCUUAGUCAAGGACACUUCUCAGUCAACCCAAAGCAGGUGCAUGGCCAGGCUGAAGAUCUUCCGGCAUGGUGCAGUAAGAUCUCCACUUUGCUCAAAAGUAUGGCGAUUCUUCUUGCCACGCUGGGAGGCAAAGAAAUAGACAUCUUAGAUUAUAUACUUCACAAAAAUCCCCAAGACCAGGAAAAGAAUGUUAACCACUCUCAACCUUCAAGCACUGGAAUUAUUGGGCGCUCUCAGUCUUUCUCAACAAGAGAAGAAGUGGAGAAGGAAAUAAAGCAAUGUGGGGUUUCAGUGAAGAACCUUAAGGCCAACUAUGAAAUUCAGAAUCAGCCACAUUCUAUUAACAAUCAAUCUCAUAGAAUUUACAAGCGCAAAAGGUCACUGCCUGUAGUAAGUGAGACAACUUGUGAGGCGGAGUUUUCCUGCUCCUCCCCUGGAGCUGUGGACUUUAAUACCAAUGGACAUUUGCUUUCUGAGGAGAAAACAAUCUCAGCUCAUGUUGAAGAACCUGUUGUCAUUAAAUCUUGCACUCCUCCUACAUAUGGGCCCUCUGAGGUAAAGGCUCCAACAAAUAUGGAGCAGUUUAGCCAGGCGCUUCCUUCUGAUCCCAUUUUAAAUUAUGACCAACUGACAAGAAGUCUGGAGGUUCAGACAGAUCUCAGCUAUGUCCAAGAGUGCAUCGAAAUGAGGAAGGAAAGAAUCGUUCUUUUGUUCCUCGAACACUGGCGGAAGUAUACCGUCUCAGAAUCUUAUCAGGCUAAAUACAUGAGCAGGAGAGGAAGUCACCUAGAUGUGGGCUGGGAUGGUUCCAGUUUUAACGCCCAACUCGGUGGGGAGAUGCAGAGCGAGGAUGACAAACUCCUCCUGUUCAUGAAGUCCAAACAGGUAGUCGGGAAUCUGAUCAGCCACUGGAGGGCGAUUAUGAGCCAGGUGCCCACACGUCAGAUUCGCCGACUGAGUCGCACCCAGAUGAUCUACUGGCCGGAGCACUUCUUGCCACACAUCAAUGGGUCACCUGUGAGAUAUGAAAGUCUAACUCUGGACCUUUUUAUGCUGGGAUAUUUCCAGUUACUGGAAAUGAACAUGUCUCGCAAUGAGCGAAAAUUUCGCCACCUCCUGUGCUAUGAGAUGUUCGACCGUCUUGGCAGCCAUAAAUGGGAAGUGAUGAGACAGUUUCACAAGGAAGUCAUGGAGGACAUUGAGAGAGGCAAACGAGACUGGGCAGAUGGUUUUGAGGACAUAAAACUCAAAUAUUUUGGAGACUCAUUCGAAGGAGGAGGUUUAAUGACUGGUUCUUUACCUUCAGUGUCUCCUGAGAUGCCAGUGAUGCCACAACAGGAAUCUCCCCCUCCCCCACCUUCUCAUCCUCCUCCUCCACCCCCUAAUCCUCAUUAUGAUUGUCCCAAUGUGCAUGUUUCUUCAUCAGUACCAGAACUUCAGACAUCCCAAGCAGAUGCUUCUCUAACACCUUCAGUUGCCCAGAACGGUGUAUCUGAAAAGGCCCAGAGUGUGGACUUGUCAGAGGACAUCUCUGAGAAGAAUGGACCAUCUAAUGAGCACACAACAUCAAAGAAAGCCAUGACUACAAAUGACACUUUUUCAAAUCAAAAUUUGGAAGCUGAAAGUGUUCAAAUGGUUCAAACUCCUCACCAACCGAGGAAAGACUCACAACCAAAAAAGGACGUUCCCCCUCUAACUGUGAAAUUUGUCGAAGAGCCUUACAUUGUCCCAUCCAGAGAAGAGCCUACUGAGGACUCCAUCAAAGUAAUCUAUGAGCUGAAGGAGUUCAGCAAUGAAGAAAUCAUCCGGUACAUCGAUCGAAGCUUUGCUUUUUGGAAACAGAAAGAAGCAGAGCUUUUUGACAUCUAGCUGAGCACAGCAGAGAUAAGUAGAGCAGAACUCAGGAACAUGGAGAAAAAGGAAAGACAUCUGAUUAUUGAUCUUUGGGCCAAUGUUACCCAAGUGACUUAACUGCAGCUAAGAAAUUCUGUUUACCUUAUGACUGCAAUUUCUGUAAGAUUCAGUCGUUGAAAAUCAAUCUAUUUAUGUUCAAGGUUAAUUUUUUUAUUGUUUGCCAUAAAAGUGUUUAAAUAUUUGAGAGACUUAAUCAAAUAUUGGUUAACGCUUCAUCAUGUAAUUUGCUAUUUUAUUCUGCUUUUAAACAAAAUAGCAUACAACAUUCCUA